AUGGCUUCCCCCACAGAUCCCUUAGAUGCCAUUGUGGUCGGGGCAGGAAUCCAGGGCUGCUUCACUGCCUACCACCUGGCCAGACACAGGAAGAGAGUCCUCGUUCUGGAGCAGUUCUUUCUGCCGCACUCCCGAGGAAGCUCCCAUGGACAGACCCGGAUUAUCCGAAGAGCAUAUGAUGAAGACUUUUACACCCAGAUGAUGGAUGAGUGCUACCAGACAUGGGCCCAGCUAGAGCGUGAGGCUGGAGUCCAAUUACACAGGCAGACGGGGCUGCUGAUACUGGGAAUGAAGGGGGACCAAGAAUUGCAGAUCAUCCAGGCCACUAUGUCCAGGCAUGGAGUGGAACACCAGUAUCUCCCAUCUGAGGAACUGAAGCAAUGUUUCCCUAAUAUUUGGCUGAACAAGGGAGAAGUGGGGCUCUUGGAAAAAACUGGAGGAGUGCUCUAUGCGGACAAGGCCCUCAGGGCCCUCCAGGAUGCAAUUCGACAGCUGGGAGGCAUAGUGCAAGAUGGAGAGAAGGUGCUAGAGAUAAAACCAGGCCUCCCAGUCACAGUGAGAACCACUUCCAGGAGCUACCAGGCCAAGAGUGUGAUCAUCACAGCAGGGCCUUGGACCAACCGGCUCCUCCGUCCCUUGGGAAUCCAGUUACCUCUCCAGACCCUGAGGAUCAAUGUGUAUUACUGGCCUGAGAAGGUCCCUGGGAGCCAUGGUGUGUCCAAAGCCUUUCCAUGCUUUAUCGCCCUGGACAGGAACCUGGCUCCCCACUACUUCUAUGGGAUGCCUGCAGGAGAGUACCCAGGGCUGAUGAAGGUCAGCUAUCACCACGGCAACAACGCAGAUCCUGAGGAGAGGGACUGCCCUUCUGCGUUCUCGGAUAUCCAGGAAGCUGAGCUGGUGAGCCGCUUUGUCCGAGGUCACUUUCCUGGCCUAGAACCCACACCUGCCAUUAUGGAGCGCUGCAUGUACACGAACACCCCUGAUAAGCACUUCAUUCUCGAUCGCCAUCCAAAGUAUGACAACAUCAUCAUCGGGGCUGGAUUUUCUGGGCAUGGAUUCAAGCUGUCCCCCGUGGUUGGGAAGGUUCUGUAUGAAUUAAGCAUGAAAUUAACACCAUCCUACGACUUGACACCUUUCCGAAUCAGCCGAUUCCCUGGCCUUGGCAAAGCUCACCUUUGA